UUUACAAUAUAGUCCUUAUUUGACUUUUAAAUGAAAAAAAUAUAACGUGAUGAUUCAGAUUGAUCAAUGCUAUUAUUGAUAUAUAAACUUUGUUAGCUCAUAUCCAAAUUACUUCCAAACCUUCUCACUCUCUAUUUUCUCAAAAUGGAAGCUGAGAAUUUGAUGAAUCUUUCUCUUCUCCAACGCAGAAACGGCGCCGUUUCACAAACCCUAGAUUUAGAGCUCGUGUCCGUCAACAAAUCCUCCGAGGAUCCUCUUCCAUGUUACACUUCCCUCAAAGACAUCCUCCCUUCCUCCUCCACCACCGUCGAUUCCCCCGCCAUAUCCUUUGCUGUCGCCUCCGCUGUAUCAGGUCCCACCAUCACGAUCCGCAAUCGCCUUGUAAAGCAAGCUGCUUGCUCCUACCUUCAGCCUUCUACUCCAACUCCUUCCUCCAACCCUUCAUUCCUCCGCCGUGUCUCCUCCUCCUUCAUCCGCCUCGUCUCCGCCUUCUUUGAUGCUCUCCUCCGCAUCUUCCCAUCUCCUCAGAAAAUCUUUAGGGCUUAGUAAAUGACACAGAACAAAGAGAAUUGAGAAACGAUUCUCAAACAAUCUCUGUUUUUUUUCAUGAUUCAUCAGUAUUUUUAUUUUAUUUAUAACAAAUCGUGAAGGUAUUUGAGGUUCACGUUUUACAUAAUACGCCUCAGCUUGAGCCCUGAAAGUGGCGCUAGACUCCAUGAUCAAUGUUGUUUAGUUGAUUACGCUGUUAUACCUUCGCUGGUUUACGUUUGAUUAUUCUAGGGGCUUGUUUAUGAUGUCAAGACUCAAGACUUGUUCAAAGUGUACCAAAACUUUGGUUCAAUACAUGAGACUACAAUGCAUUUAUGUUCCGUGGGCUUGCAAAAUGGCUUGAAUAAGCUAGAAAAACCCACUAACAAAUAUUUGUAUAGUAUCCUUUUCUUUUUUUUUUCUCUUUUAUUAUUGAAUGCUCUUCUUGUUCGAAUAGUCCAGAAUAUGGACGUUUGAAUAAAGGCCGUAUAUAGGCCCGUAGCACUUUUAAGUUCUAACCAUGUAUUCAAUACUAUCUUUAAGAAAUUCAGAAAAAGUGUAUGUUCUGAAAUUAAGAUUGUAAAAUAAGAAAAAAAAGAUUGUAAAAUAAGCAUGAUUAAGAUGUAUAUAUGUAACUCAUUUAUUACGGAUGUUUCUUCAUGUGAAGUAACUCUAAACCAUUAAGACUUCUAGACUCUAGUGACCGAUUUUGUUAAUCAACAUAUUUGGUUAUAGGCGCC